AUGCUGGUCCAGGAUCCAGCUACAUCCGAAUUUCACGUCCUACCGCCCCAGGCCACUGUAGCAGCACAUACAGCCACGCCAUGCCGCUCGCCAGAAGCACCUUUAACAAUUGCAAACUCCGCUUCCGCUAGAGCCGCGUCUGGCGGCGCAGAAAGCGGCGGGGGAGGCGGAGCGAGCGACAAUAAGUUUCUGCGGGUGUCGAUCCAGUCCGUUGCGCUCGCGUUGGCGUUCGGCGGAGCGGCGGCGUUUCUCCGCAUGCUGCUGUCCGCGCUCCCCCCGGACUUCCUGUCGCGCUGGAAGAAGCUGUUCGCGGAGCAGCCGCACUUCGACCCCAAGACGGCCGUCGAAGCGCGCCGAGCCACCGCCAUCUACGACUGCCACGGCGACUUAAUCGCCACCGUCGUUCCCGGCGGGUUCGGCGGCCGGCGGAAGGACGCGAGCAAGGGGCAGGCGCCGUUGAAGCCGACGGAAGUGCCGGCGGUGAUGUGGCAGGCGGUUAUCGCGACGGAGGACCGACGGUUCUUCGAACACCAGGGGUUCGAUCCCAAGGGCCUGACACGUGCCAUCAUGUCAUUGGCGCGGACGGGAGGCGGGAGUACGAUCACGCAGCAGCUGGUGAAGAACGUGUUUCUGUCGAACGAGCGGCGGUGGACGCGCAAGCUGGUGGAGAUCAUACUGGCCGUGAUUAUAGAGAGGCGCAUGACCAAGUGGGACAUCCUGCACCUCUACCUCAAUAAGAUCUGGGGCUACAGCGUGACGGGUCUGAGGACUCACUGUGCAUCUCUGCUUCUCUCUCUCUCUCUCUCUCUCUCUCUCUCUCUCUCUCUCUCUCUCUCUCUCUCUCUCUCUCUCUCUCUCUCUCUCUCUCUCUGUUGCUCUGCUCCCUGCUGUCUGUCCGUUGUCUGUCGCCUGCAGAUCUACUGGGGCCACGGGGUGACGGGACUGGAGGCGGCAUCAGCGCUCUACUUUGGAAAGCACCCGUCGCUGCUCACGCUGGGCGAGUGCGCCAUGCUGGCCGGUAUCAUCCCCGCGCCCGAGCUCCUCUCGCCCUACCGCGACCCCUCCAGGGGUCGCAAGCCCCAGGCGCGGGCGCUGAGGCGAAUGGUGGAAGCUGGAUUUCUGGACAUUGCCACGGCCACGGAGGCCAUGCAGCAGCCGCUGCGCCUGGGAUCCGAGGCCAAGCACGGCACGUCGGGGCCGUGGCGAGCUCCCUUCUUUGUCAGCGAGCUCGCUCUGCCUCUCUUCCCUCCCUGCCCCCUCACGCCCAUCCCCCUCUCCCUCACGCUCUCCGCCCACUCCCCCACGCCUUUCCCCUCCCCCCCACGCCCUUCCCCCCACCCCCCCCGCCCCACCCAGGUGUUAUACGAGCUGGCGCAGAGGUACGGGCGCGAGGAGGUGGUGCGGGGCGGGCUGCAGGUGCACACGACGCUGGACCUGACGAUGCAGGACGCGGGGGAGAAGGUGGUGGGGGACGGCACGCGCGAGUAUGACCAGGAGCGGGAGGCGGCGGCUCAGAGAGACAUUGCGGCGAUUGCGAUGAAGCUGGAGGAGCUGCGGGGGAGGCGGCAGCAGCAGAUCCUGGCGACUGUGGCCGCUGCUGCUGUCAAGAGGUCAGCAGAGUUCCGUAAGAAGAACGGCCAGACACAAAAGACUGUGUCUGAGAUGAUGGCAGACGAGACGGCAGCAGUGGCGCGCACCCUCGAGCGAUUUGCAGCCAUGGAGCGCACGCUGACGACCGCCAUGCAGCGCUACGAGAACGAGCUCAGGAGCGCGCAGGCCGCCAGGUUAGAAGGAGCGAUGGUGGCCAUGGAUCCGCUGUCAGGUGCGGUGAGGGUGCUGGUGGGGGGCCGGGACUACUACGAGAGCUGCUUCAACCGCGCCACCCAGGCGCUGCGCCCCCCCGGCUCCACCUUCAAGCCCGUCGUCUACCUCACUGCACUCGCCGAGGGCAUCACCAAGGACUACGUGUUGGUGGACGAGCCAUACGAGGUGGGCGGGUUCGCCCCGGAGAACUACGACCGCAAGUUCCGCGGGCCCGUCACGCUGGAGGAGUCGCUGCUCAAGUCGCUCAACGUGCCCACUGUGAAGCUCUGCGCUGAGAUCGGCGUCGAUAAGGUGUGUCACAUGGGGCGCGCGCUGGGCAUCAAGACACCGCUACCGCACGAGCUGGCGCUCUCGCUGGGCGGCUGCGAGGUGACGCCGCUGCAGCUCACCACUGUGUACUGCACGAUCGCUGCAGGGGGGAUCUACCACCGCCCACACCUCAUCACCCGCGUUGAGUCGUACAACGGGAGGGUGCUGGAAGAAGCUAAGGUGUGCAUGGAGCGCAGGGACCCUGUAGUGGACGAGGCAGCGGUGGGCGAGUUGAGGAAGCUGCUGCAGGCCGUGGUGGAGAGGGGCACCGGCAAGGGGGCUCGCAUGGACCGCCCGUGCGCCGGCAAGACCGGCACGAGUGACGGCCACCGCGACUGCUGGUUCGCUGGGUUCACCCCGCAGCUGGCGUGCGUGGUAUGGCUGGGCUACGACGACAACUUGCCAGUGGGAGGGCUGCACCCUGGCACCGGUUCCAGCCACGCCGCACCGCUCUGGAGCCGCUUCAUGACCCUCGCCCACGAGGGGCUGCCCGUGAAAAAAAUCCUCGAACCUGCCCGGGACAGGUACAGCAGAGGGGCAGCCGGGAGGGAGUUUCAGAAGAGGAGCCGGCGGGCCCAGAAGGUGGGGUUGAGUGAGGUGAGGCGCAGGGAGGGCGGGAGGAGGAAGGGCCGGAGGGAGGUGGUUUGGAAGGAUGUGUGGGACUGGGAAAAGGCGAGCAGUGGGUGGCAGGAGAGGGAGAAGAUGGAGGAGUGGGCGGUAGCGAGACGAGAGAGGGCUGAGGAGAUUCGAGCUUUGAGGGCUAAGUGGGGCUGGCUGCCGUUUGUGAAGGGGAAUAAGGGGGCAGGAGGGGAGGGAGGAGGGGAGUCUCCGGGGAGAGGGUUGCUGGGGGAUGAAGGGGAGGAGGUGGGGGAGGAUGAUUACGAGGAUGCUCUGCGGUUCUUUGAGCGGGCGAACCAGGAGGAGGGGCAGGGUGGGAGGAGGAAUGUGGAGAGGGGAGGGGAGAGGGGUGGUGGAGAGAGGGAGGGGGCGACAGGGAGGGGCAUUUCUGCAGCGGCAAUGGCUGCUGCUAAGUGGGGCGCGGGGGGGAGAGGCGGGGGGGUGGAGAAGCGAGGAGGGAGCGGGGAGACACGAGCAGAGAGGCAGGUGGACGAGGAAAUGGGGAGGAGGUGGAGUGCGGAGGAGGGAGUGGAGGGGGAGGACGAGGAGGAGAGUGAGGUUUGUGCGAGGGAUGGGGAGGGGGAUGAUGAGGAUGGGUUGUGGGAGGAAGGGGAGGGAGAGGAGGAGGAGGAGGAGGAGCCAGAGGAGGUAUUGGCUCGCAUGCAGGAGAGGCUCGAGGAGCAGUUUGGGGUGCGACUGGUGGAGGCUGUAUUUGAGAGGCGAGGGGGGGAUGCGGGGAGGGCGAGUGAUUCAAAGGGCAGGGGGGAGGGGCCUGGUGGGGCCACAGGAGUGGGGGUUGGGGGAGAGCGCACGGGCGGUAGGAGAGAAGGCAUGAGUGUGGAGGCGGGUGGGAGUGGCGAGGGUGCAUUGUAUGAGGCGAUGGCGAUGCCGUCUGUGCCGCGGUCGGCAGCCCAAACCUCCCUUGCUGAGAACCAGGCAGCGUCUGCAGCAGCGGCGGCGGCAGCAGAAGAGCAGAGAGAGGUGGUGAGUGCGAAGUUUUUCACAGCAGUGGAUUCGGAAUCUGCUGUGCCUGACAUCUCUCCGCUGCAGCCGUGGCCUGAGAAACAGGGCGACGGGGCAGAGGGGGGAGGGGAGAUGGAGGCGUGCUGCCCCAUGCCGCCAUGCACGGGCCUGCUGCCUGCCUGCAGGGAGCCGUCACUGGAAGGGAGUGCAGAUGCUGAGAGCGGUGAGGUGGGUGAGAGGGAGCGCGAGGAGGAGGAGGAGGAGGAGAAGCGGCUGGGGUGGACCAAGCGGUUGUUUGUGAAGACCAGGGUCACGGCUCCGAGCGGCGCACCCCUGCCCCCGUCUUCGUCUGUAUCUGCUGCCUACUCUGGUCCAUACUCUGCCUACACUGCCUCAGCUACAUCAGGAAGAGGUUACUCAGAGGAAAAUCCUGGGCAACGCCAGGUGUCUUCUCCUCUCGUCCCAUCCCCCUCCUCCUUGGGACCUCCGUCGUCGCUAGCCCCUUCAAUCCAGCCCCCUCCAGUUUCCAGCAGGUAUGCUGCUGAUGCCAGCAGCGUGCCUGGCAGCUCAGUAGGCGUGUGGGGGAGUGCAGUGCCGUGGCGGCAGCAGAAAGGAGGUGGCACGGGGCCCGAUGCUCCAAGGGAUAGGUCUUCAGGUUCCCCUGCUUUGUUAGGAAGGUUUGGUGGAAGGAGCCGGACAGGUAGGACGUAG